AUGGCUGAAACCACUGUCAGUUCCGUCACAAAAUGUCAACCAAAUGUUGAGCCUAAGAACGAGAUUUGCGAUGAAGAGUAUGAAUAUUACAGCCAAGAAUUUAAGGAUUUGUUCAAAUCACUUCCCAGAGAAAAGGGUUGGUCUUCUCCGUACAUUUAUCUGUAUCAGGAAAUUUGGUAUCCCCCAGUACCACUCCAAGGCGUACUCUCUUUUCAAAAGCACUUCCAAGCAAAAGACAGCGAUGUGGUUAUCGCCAGCUUACCAAAAUCCGGUACUACUUGGUUGAAAGCCCUUACUUUUGCCAUUAUGAAUCGUAAGUAUUUCUCUCCAUCACAAAGUAACCAUCCUUUGCUCAUUUCCAGUGCACAUGAGCUUGUUCCUUUCUUAGAGUUAAAUUACUCUGGAAAUUACCAAAUAUCUGAUCUAUCCAACCUGCCUGAACCAAGACUUUUUGGUACACAUGUUCCAUUUCAUUCAUUGCCCACUUCAACGAUCAAAUCCAAAUGCAAGACAAUUUAUAUAUGUCGAAACCCAUUUGACCAGUUUGUGUCUUUGUGGUCUUUCAUGAACAAAAUCACACCACCAUCCUUACCAAAAUUAUCAUGUGAGGAAGCAUUUGAGAGAUAUUGCUUGGGAACCCAAGAGGGUGGCCCAGUUUGGACACACAUGAUGAGUUAUUGGAAAGAAAGUAAAAGGACACCACUGAAGGUUUUAUUUUUAAAGUACGAAGAUUUGAAAGGAGACAUCCAAUUAUCCUUAACAAGAAUGGCUGAGUUCUUGGAAUGCCCUUUCACUUCAGAGGAGGAAAGUGAUGGAGUUAUUAAAAACAUAAUUGAGCUAUGUAGUUUUGAGAAGAUGAAGGAAUUAGAAGUUAAUAAGACUGGAAAAUUCUUGCAGCAAUUUGAAAACAAGGACUACUUCAGGAAAGGUAAGGUAGGAGAUUGGGUUAAUCAUUUUACACCUUUGAUGGUAGAGAAAUUGUCUAAACUAGUUGAUGAGAAGUUGGAUGGAUCAGGUCUGUUCUUGUAGUUUUACUUUUGACGAGAUACAAGAUUAAUUAGAUUUAAGAUUUUUGUUUUACUAGAGUGAUCUUAGUUUUGAAUUAAGAUUUUGUUUGAAUAAAUGUAAUCUUUUAUGUUAUUCUAGACUAUUGUUAUUUAACUCUUAAAACUUCUAAAACAUUUGCUCAAUUUGAAUGCUUCUGAUUGUCACGGUUUGAUUAUGAAUUGAAUAAGAUGUUGAGUAUUCUCUGCUUGAGCUUCUUCUCUU